AUGGCCAGCAAUGCCAAGAAAUUUUCGGGCUCCUCCAGAACGCUGGGGCUGCAGUCUGUUCUGGGUGUAAGUGUUCCCUCAUCCUCAGCUCUUUCCUACGGCCGCUCUAGUGAUCAGGCCCUGGAUCUGAGACGAGCUGAGAGCACGAAAGCUGACAAGGAUGAAGAAGCCCAACAACAGAGCCAGGAGAAAGGGGGGCAGCUUAUUAGGGCAGAGGAGGGGAGCUGUGGGGCCCAACCUGGAACAGUCUGCUUAGCCCCUGAUAAGUUACAACUGGCCAAGGUGCAGGCCACAGACUUCAAGGAGCAGACCUGUGGGACACAGAGUUCCCAGUCUCGCCGAGGGCGCGUGGACAAGGAAACACAGGUCUUGAUUCGCUUCGGCCUCCUGCACGAACAGGUGUGCCGGACCCAGGGCUGUGAUGCGAAGGCCUCCGAAGCUCCCCAGAGCUGUGAGCCUCAGUUUCCUUCCUGCAAAGUGGGCCUGAGCGCGACCCUGCCUCCAGAUCACGACCACACCGGACCUCAUCUGCCCACCCGCCUUACCCUGCCUCCAGCGCCGGCGGAGGUGGGAGACGAGGCGCCCCACUCGGCGGUCCCCGCACCGCCCCGGGGGCGGAGCCCACGUCGGCCCCGCCCCCUCGGCGCCGCGCUGGCCGCGGCGCGGGACUGCGGGGACUGCGGCUGGGGGCUGGCGCGCCGCGGCCUGGCGGAGCACGCGCAUCUGGCGCCACCAGAGCUGCUGCUGCUGGCGCUCGGCGCGAUCGGCUGGACAGCACUGCGGGCAGUGGCCACCACACGCCUCUUUCGGCCCCUGGCCAAGCGAUGCCGCCUCCAGCCCAGAGAUGCAGCCAAGAUGCCCGAGAGCGCCUGGAAGUUUCUCUUUUAUCUCGGUGCCUGGAGCUACAGCGCCUACCUGCUCUUCGGCACUGACUACCCCUUCUUCCACGACCCGCCCUCUGUCUUCUACGACUGGAAGCCAGGCAUGUCCGUGCCGUGGGACAUCUCGGCAGCCUACCUCCUGCAGGGCAGCUUCUACGGCCAUUCCAUCUAUGCCACGCUCUACAUGGACUCCUGGCGCAAGGACUCGGUGGUCAUGCUCAUCCACCACAUGGUCACCCUGGUCCUCAUCGUCUCCUCCUAUGCCUUCAGGUACCACAACGUAGGAGUCCUUGUGUUAUUUCUGCAUGACAUCAAUGAUGUGCAGCUCGAAUUCACCAAGCUCAAUGUCUACUUCAAAUUCCGGGGCGGCACCUACUAUCGCCUGCACUCGCUGGCCUCCAACCUGGGCUGUGUCAGCUUCAGUGUCAGCUGGUUCUGGUUCCGGCUCUACUGGUUCCCACUCAAGGUCCUGUAUGCCACGUGGCACUGCAGCUUGCGCUCAGUCCCUGACAUCCCCUUCUACUUCUUCUUCAACGCGCUGCUGCUGGCGCUGACUCUCAUGAACCUCUACUGGUUCCUGUACAUCGUGGCCUUCGCUGUUAAGAUGUUGACGGGCCAGAUGCCUGAGCUGAGGGACGUGCGGGACUACGACUCUGUGGCGGAGACCCCCAGGCCCAAGCCCAGCAAAGACGAGUGA